AUGAGCGCACCACCAGCGACCUCUGCGGCGACCAGCGAUGCCGAGCUGGCUGCUAUCAAAGACGAUGGACCAGCUGCAGUGCCAGACGGCCAAGCGCCUUCAGACGUCAGCAAACUCAAGACACUCCUCUUGAUCCUCAAGCGCUUCAUCGGCGUAUCAGACAUGGCCUCAGUUCGAUUCAGCCUACCAGCCCAGCUCAUGGAGCCAAUUCCCAACCUCGAGUACUGGCAUUAUCUCGAUCGCCCAGAGACCUUUGCUGCGAUUGGCGAUGCUGAGGACCCACUAGAGCGCAUGCUCAGUGUUCUCCGCUUCUGGUUUACAAAGGACUUGAAAUAUGCCAAGGGAAAACCAUGCAAACCAUACAACAGCUCGCUGGGCGAGUUUUUCAGAUGUACAUGGGAGGCAGAGAUGGAGGGCAAGAGCGCGGAUAAACCGAUCAAGGUCAAUUACAUUACGGAGCAGACAUCACAUCAUCCGCCGAUAUCUGCCUUCGUGUAUGAAUGCCCAGAAAAGGGUAUCAGUGCCGUAGGGUAUGAUCAAAUCUCUGCCAAAUUCACAGGCACUUCGGUCAAAGUCUCGGCUGGACAGUUUAACAAGGGAAUUUUCAUCUCCUUGCAAAAUCGCAACAACGAAGAGUACCACCUCACUCACCCUGCUGCGUAUCUCGGAGGUUUCCUCCGCGGCACUCUCAGUGUCUCUGUGGCAGACACCUGCUUCAUCACCUGCCCGCAGACCGGCCUCAAGACCAUCCUGCACUACCUCGAAGAAGGCUACUUCGGCAAGACGCAGAACAAGGUCGAAGGCAUCAUCUACAAACCCACGGACAUCACUUCCGACAACAUCACCAAGCUAAAAGACGUGCCCAAAGACCAGAUUGUCGCCCGCAUCGAGGGCUGCUGGACCGAGAAAAUCUACUACUCGCUCGGCGCGACCGAAUCCCGCAAAGUCUCCGCCUCCGACAAGAUCCUGCUCAUGGACAUCAUCCCGCUCUUCCCCUUCCCCAAAAAGUGUCCGCCGGAAUCCUCCCAGCUCCCCAACGAAUCCCGGAAAUUCUGGUCCGGCGUCACCGAGUCCAUCCUCGCCAAACAGUACAACCAGGCCACCACCCGCAAGACCCAACUCGAGGAGCGCCAGCGCGAGCGUGCGGCCGAGCGUGAGAAGUCCGGCGAGGAAUGGCGGCCGCGGUUUUUCGCCACGGCGGUCGAGGAGGAUGGAAGAGCGAAGUUGUCGGAUGAUGGCAGGAGGGCUUUGGAGGGCCUACAGAAGGAGGACUAUGCGCUCGAGCCGGCCAAGGCCUAUGGAGCUUUUUAA